CUCAAAUAAAAGCCACAGCCUGAGGUAGGCGACUAAUCCUACGUAGUGUCAUAUUUUCCUCUAGUGUUGUGGUAAAUUUAAGGGUUAUUUUCCCAAGGGAGAUGAUAACCUUAACAAAGAAACUAAAAUCUAGUAAGGGAGGUGGAGUACAGGAACCACCAAAGAAACGGAUUUCCAUCAGAGACCAGCUCCUGGUCAAAGAAGUUAGUGAAAUGGAAAGCAAUCUCCCAGAAGGUUGCGUUGCUAAAUUUGAUGAUCCAGAUGCCCUCCAUAGAUUCCGUUUAGUAAUAUCUCCACCUGAAGGAUAUUGGUGUGGUGGAGUAUUCAUGUUUAGCAUUGUUGUCCCGGAAGAUUAUAAUAUAGCUCCCCCAAUAGUGAAGUGCGAGACAAGACUUUGGCAUCCAAAUAUUAGUGAAGAGGGCGAGAUUUGUUUAUCACUACUACGACAAAAUUCGAUAGAUGGCUUAGGUUGGGCUCCAACGAGAAGGUUAAAAGACGUUGUAUGGGGUCUCAGCAGUUUAUUUAUGGAUUUAUUGAAUUUUGAUGACCCUUUAAACAUAGAGGCUGCUGAACAUUUCCAGAGAGAUAAGGAGUCGUUUCGAAGAAAAGUUAAGGAUUACAUUGAUAAAUACACCAAGCGAUGAGUUGAGUGUUAUCCUCGUGUCAUGUAAAUAAUUUUUGAUUAGUUUUGACUUCCCGUUUGCCUGUAAUCUUAGUGAAACUUUUUUACCAUUGCUCCUCUUGUUCCGUUGACAACCGCGUUUGAUACUUAGAUUUUGAUAUUAAUGUAACUUUUUAGGAUAGCUACUUCCUUUGUUGCUGCAUAUAGAGUGGUAGUUGUACCUAACAACAUGUGGCAAGUGAUAGACUUAUAACACAGUGGAGAAUGUAGGUGUAUCAUCUCAUUGAUCUCCAGCAAAAUGGUGAUAAUGUUGAAAACAUUCAGUCAGGGAUACUAUUUAGUUGUAAAGGAUCAAAUGCUCUAAUGAGGUAUCAUGGAAUGCUAAGUGUAGGAAAGGAUUUUUCUCAACACAGCCAUAACCUGAAGGCUAAUGCCUCUCCUCCCUCCCUAUAAUAGCAUCGGAGUAAUUUAUGUUUAUUGUACUGAAGUGUUGAAAAGUUUCACAUGAUGGUUGUUAAAUGUCCUGAGCACAUUAUCCUAUCCUGAAAUUCCUUCUUGAUGGAGAUGCAUUCUGGGCAAUUUCCAGAUUUUUUCAUUUUGUUACUAUAGUACAUAAUCUUGUCUGUGAAAGGUGAGCUGUUCAUAGAGUUCUUAACAAAUGUGGAACACCGUCUGUAGAUUUACAUAGUGUUCUAUUUAGUGCCCACCAUAUUGCCAGAUUAUGCUUUCUCACAUUGAUAAAGUUUUCAAGCCUUAUUUUUAGUUAUCUUUCAUGUAAUGAAGAAAUUGACUCGAGAAAAAUGUAUGACUUUCAAAAUUAUAUUUUGUGAAUGUGAUGGGUAACUUAUUAACAAACUGUAUAUGACAAUCAUGCAGUGAAAACAUUUGCAGUUGUACUUAUAUAGUGGUAGUUUGAUUUGAAAAGUACACUUGACAUAAAUUUGAAAUUCCAGGAAAGGGAGGCUUUUAUACUACUGUUUUAUUGAAGUGUUAAGACAUUAAGAAUUUAGGAAAAAUAAAUUUGAUGCAAUUUUCUUUAUUUCCAUAAAAUUUAGUUUUAAGACUUUUUCUUAAUUUAAUGUCCACUAUUGUGACUGCUAAAUUCGUGCCUGUGCAGAAGAGCAAAAAAUCUGCAAGUUAUGUUUUAUAGGAGGUAACAGUCAUGGUGUAAAAAUUUUUAGUUUUGUUUUUUACUUAUUUCAGACUACUAAGGUGUUCCCCAAGAUUCUUUUAUGGCCUAGAUAUCAAGCAGUAUUUGAUUACUUUUUUGCAUAAAAACCGUAACGGCUUUACUUUAGUUUUUUUACAGUGGUACAAAAUUAACCACCUUGGAUCGGUUUUGCAUUUGUCAUUGAUAGAUUCUAAAAAAUUUUCAUCCUUGGGAUUAUAUUGCUACUGAAAUUUAUGAUGCCUUUAAAACUAUAUUGUUCAAAACUCUCAAAAAGUACAGUAACUGUUACAUCUAACCAAAGCAAUGGCUAUCUUAAUUUCUUUUGUUCUUAUCGUGUUUGCAAUAGAAUGCAGUACUUGGUCACUUACACAGUACCUCAUUAUUGGCUUGACAUAUGUAAGCAAAAGGUAGUAGGGUUAUUUUAUUUAUGUCUGUAAUACAGUAAAUUCAGAUUAACAAA